AUGCCUCCCAUGCCCUGUAGCCCCGUGCUGUGGCGCGCCGCGGCGCUCGCGGCUCGUCGCGCGCCGGCCCCUCGCGCCCCCUCCGCAGCGCUCCGGCCCUUCCGCCCGGCGGCCUCACCGCGGGCCCUGCGCACGGCGGCGACGCCAUCUCCGUCCGCGCCCACCGUCGUCGUGCUGUUCGGCUGGCUGGGCUCGCGCGCGCGCCACGUGCGCAAGUACGAGGAGGCGUGGGCCGAGGCAGCGGGCCCCGACUGCCGCGUGCUGGCGAUACGGCCUCCGUUUGUGGGCACCAUCUUUCCCGCACUCGGUGAUGCCUACGCCCGGGCGAGCCUGGAGCGGAUCCGGGGCGCCGUGGAGCCGGCGGGGCGCGGCGGCGCGCGGGUCGUGCUGGCCGCGAUGAGCAGCGGGGGGUUUCUGACGGCGGGGCGGUGCCUGGCGCUGUCGGCGGCGCAGGGCGGGUGGAUGGGCGCCGCGGUGCGCGCCGUCGUGCUCGAUUCGUGCCCCGCAGUGCUCACCCCCGAGAUGUGCGCGCGCGGCGUGCUCGCGGGGGCGCUCGCGGCGCGCUGGGAGGACGCAGCGUCGAGCAGCGUGCUGCGCUGGCUCGCGUCCGCGCUCGAGUCGCUGUUCGCCCGAUACCUGCAGCGCACCUCGGUGGCGCAGCGGGCCCGUGAGGUGGACCGGGCGUGGGUGGAGCACGUAGGUGUCGACGUGCCGCGGACCGUGCUGGCGUCGCACGCGGACGACGUCGUGCCCGUGCGCGGCAUCCAGGCCUACGUGGAGCAGGAGUGGCGGGCGCGCGGCAUCGCCGUGGCGUGGCGGCUCUGGCCGGACGCGCCGCACGUCGAGAUAUUAAAAUCAGACCGCGACGGGUACGUCGACGCGCUGCGCGCCGCGCUACGCGCUGCCCCAGGCGGCAACGACGAUAGAGGGACUCGGUCGAGGGCCGCAGGGUGA